AUGCCACGUGUCCGGCAACCUGGCGGCGCCGUCCUUGUGCGCGCGUCCACGUCAGCAGCUGAAUUGUCCCCACUUUUUCUGGGAUUUGAUUUUGGCACGUCUGGGGCGCGUGCUGUUGUUAUCGAUGGCAACGCCACAAUUCUUGCUGACGUCAAGAGGAAGUACCCUCCUGCCGCCCAUGCUGAGUCAGCAUCCGAGUCAGCAGUCGUCAGAAGCAGUGACCCGGACAGUGACGUGUCAGCAGCGGAAGGUUGGCGGGCGGCGUUGUUUGGACUGUUGCUCGACAUUCCCGAGGAGUUGAGGCGGCAAGUGGUGGCAGUGUCGCUGGACGGCACGUCCGCCACCACCAUGGUCGUCAGCCGCUCUUCAUACAACGAGGCAAGCAGCGUGUGGUGCAACGUGGUGCAAUGUGGUGCGACCAUUGCUCCUCCUCCCUCUCGUCUCUUCCAUCCCUUCCGUGUAUCAGCUCUACCCGCGGGCAGCGCUGAAGCCGUGGCUGCCGUGGCGGCAGUGGCGCCGGCCAAUCACACGACGACAGCUGGCACGUCCACGCUGUGCAAGCUGAUGACGUGGUGGUUGAGGCAGGGGGUGGGAGGUGGGCAGGGGGAGGGGAGUGGGGAGGAGGAGAGACAGGGAAGAGGUGGAGGAGGAGAGGGAGGAAAGGGAGAGGGGGAGGUGGUGAUGGUGCAUCAGGCGGACUGGCUAUUGGGGCAGCUGUGUGGGGCAGCGGACGUGCAUGUGACAGACUUCAAUAACGCCCUCAAGCCAGCUGUGUGGGGCGGCGCAGCGGAUGUGCAUGUGAAAGACUUCAACAGCGCACUCAAGCUGGGUUACGACCCUGCGAGCGGCGCCUACCCCGCCUGGCUGCUCGCACUGCCCUUCUCCCCCAUGCUGCCACGUGUGCUGCCGCCCGGCUCCCUCAUUGGCUCCGUCGCAGCACAACUCACAGCCGAGUUUGCCCUCCCGUCUGACUGCAUCGUCACCACCGGCACCACCGACAGCAUUGCCGCUUUCCUGGCCGCGAGGGUAACUACCCCCGGGUAUGCCGUCACCUCGCUCGGCUCUACCCUCGCCGUUAAGCUCGUCAGCACUGCGAGAAUCGACGAUGCUCGUUUUGGAGUAUACAGCCACCGCUUGCCGCCCGGAAAUUGGGCGCCGCCCGAGGUGGAGAACGAGGGGGAGACGGAGCAGGGAGGUGCGGCAGAAGAGGACAAGGAGUGCAAGUGGCUGGUCGGCGGGGCGUCGAAUACGGGCGGCGCAGUGCUGUGGGGGUAUUUCACAGAUGAGCAGCUGAGGGAGCUGAGUGUAAAAAUAGACCCGAGUGUAGGGAGUAAACUCGAUUACUACCCACUUACUCGCCCAGGGGAGAGGUUCCCCGUGUCCGACCCUGACCUACAGCCUCGCUUGACUCCUCGCCCUGCUGAUGACGCUCUCUUCCUGCACGGCAUUCUCGAGUCCAUUGCCACCAUUGAGGUGCGCCCCUGCUACUUGCUUCCUUGUCCCGUCACUCGCUUCCUUGUCCCGUCACUCGCUUCCUUGUCCCGUCACUCGCUUCCUUGUCCCGUCACUCGCUUCCUUGUCCCGUCACUCGCUUCCUUGUCCCGUCACUCGCUUCCUUGUCCCGUCACUCGCUUCCUUGUCCCGUCACUCGCUUCCUUGUCCCGUCACUCGCUUCCUUGUCCCGUCACUCGCUUCCUUGUCCCGUCACUCGCUUCCUUGUCCCGUCACUCGCUUCCUUGUCCCGUCACUCGCUUCCUUGUCCCGUCACUCGCUUCCUUGUCCCGUCACUCGCUUCCUUGUCCCGUCACUCGCUUCCUUGUCCCGUCACUCGCUUCCUUGUCCCGUCACUCGCUUCCUUGUCCCGUCACUCGCUUCCUUGUCCCGUCACUCGCUUCCUUGUCCCGUCACUCACUUGUCUUCCAUCUCAAUCUCUCUUCCUGCACGGCAUUCUUGAACCCAUUGCCACUAUAG